GCGCGGCGGUUAUUUUCGCGCCACUAGUUUCAGUCAGAAGUUGAGAGGCGGCUCAGGCAGAGUUCAUCUCGAGAUACAGCUUGUGUUAGCAACAAGAUAAUGUUUUACCGUCUGUUUUUUUCCAGACGAUAACGUUGUGAGUGCUGCAGGAAACAGUUAUUACCGCUUGUGAGAAUGAGAAUGGGCAGACGGUGGGAAUUAAGGACCCUGGACGCUGAGAAGCUCCGAAUAUAAACGACAGGACUGUAAACCCGAGACCCUCGGGGCAGGACUGGUCACUCCUGCUCAAAUCCUAUGGCCUGAAGUUUCAGACAUCUUUCCUGGUAGCAGCUCAUGGAUUUCCUCGCGGAAUAUGGCAUCAAUGAGACCUACCAUGACAACACGAGUGAGGCUUUCAAUGGCACGGACAUUGAAGCCAAGCACCAGUACAACUAUUAUGCCAUGCUCUUGACGCUGCUCAUCUUCGUCAUCGUCUUCGGCAACGUUUUGGUGUGUAUGGCCGUCUCCCGAGAGAAGGCACUGCAGACCACCACUAAUUACCUGAUUGUAAGCCUUGCUGUGGCAGAUCUCCUGGUGGCUACAUUGGUUAUGCCUUGGGUAGUGUAUCUGGAGGUGGUGGGCGAGUGGCGCUUCAGUAAAAUUCACUGUGACAUUUUUGUCACUCUGGACGUCAUGAUGUGCACGGCCAGCAUUCUUAAUCUGUGUGCAAUUAGUAUUGACAGGUACACAGCUGUUGCCAUGCCACUGUUGUACAACACACGGUACAGCUCGAAGCGCCGUGUCACCGUUAUGAUCUCGGUGGUUUGGGUUCUGUCCUUUGCCAUCUCCUGCCCCCUAUUGUUUGGGCUAAACAACACAGCAACACGUGACGAUGCUGUGUGCGAGAUUGCCAACCCAGCCUUUGUGGUGUACUCCUCUAUCAUGUCCUUCUACGUGCCCUUCAUCAUCACACUUCUCGUCUACGUGCAGAUCUACGUGGUGCUGCGCAAGCGUCGGAAAAGAGUGAACACCAAGCGCAGUUGCCAGAGGACGGAUGCUGAGCCUCAGCUUCCUCUCAAGGAAAAGUGCACUCACCCAGAGGAUGUGAAACUCUGCACAGUCAUUGUAAAGACCAACGGGAGCAUGCCUGCCAAAAACAAGAAAACACUGGUGAUAAAGGAGGUGAUGCAGCAGGACAGCAAUGUGGAGGUGGGCCUCAUGGCCAGCCCCAGUCCUCCAGAAAAGUUAAAGCUGGCACCUGCUGCAGCAGGCUCUAUGAUGGCUAGUCAGAGUCGCGCUUCACCCUUGCAAGAUGAGUGGCAGCCCAGUAGUGAUGAGAAGAACGGCCAUGCCAAGGACGCCCAGAUGCCAGCGGGGGCCAAAGCUUUUGAAACACAGACCCUGUCCAAUGGCAAGACACGCACCAAUGUCACCAAGCCCAUGAGCAAGAGAAAGAUGUCACAGCACAAGGAGAAGAAGGCCACACAGAUGCUUGCCAUUGUUCUGGGCGUUUUCAUUAUAUGCUGGCUGCCCUUCUUCAUUACUCACAUCCUGAAGACCCACUGUGCUAGCUGCUAUGUGCCUCUGGAAAUGUACAAUGCCUUCACGUGGCUGGGAUAUGUGAACAGUGCCGUGAACCCCAUCAUAUAUACCACUUUCAACGUGGAGUUCCGCAAGGCUUUCAUGAAGAUCCUGCACUGUUGAGUACGCCUUUGUGUGGGCGUAAGGUUAGUGCCAUCAUUUUCUCUGGCUGAGGUAGAAGACUUUUUUUUUUAAGGACAGAAUAAACAUCACAGACACAGGGGCUUAUCAGCUUGACUCAUAUGAAUGUAAAUCCAGAAGUUUUAUUUGGAGGUUUGAAGCUUUGUAGUUUUUAAAAGCCUCUGAAAAAAGCAUCUGGCUAAAAAAGCCAGGGGGGCAGGGGAUUUGGAGAGAGAGAGAGGGAGAGAGUGUGUGUGUGUGUGUAUGUAUAUAUAUAUAUAUAUAUAUAUAUAUAUAUAUAUAUAUAGAGAGAGAGAGAGAGAGAGAGAGAGAGAGACAGAGAGAGAGAUAGAUAAAAUGAAUUACACAGAGUAUGGAAUGGACAAACUGUGCAGUAUGGGCCCAAGCACUCAUUGCUGGUGCCAUCUUGAUUUUUUUUUUUUCUUGAUCUUCUUUGUUCUUCCUUCCACUUCUUCUUCUUCUUGUGUAUGUAUGAAGAAACAUAAAAUUUGAAGGCUUUCUCCAGCUUGCUUGAAGGGGCUUUGCAAGUAUUCUUACUGACACUCAUCUUUGGGAGCUCUUGGAGACACUGACUGUAAAAUGUUGCAGUUGCGAGUGUUGUGAAAUAACCAGAAACGCAGGAGAAGCACAAACUAGAACAUGGAAUUGUGUGUGCAAAGAGCAAACUGUGAGUCAUACAGUCAGUUCAAUUCAUAUCAUGGAAUGGAUCUUGGUAAUAACUUCUGUAUGAACAAUUGAUGUAUCAGUGAUUACUAUCAGUUUGGCAACAAUAGAAUCAACCUAGCUAGAACACCCCCAGCACCCAAAAACCUAGUUAAUGCUGAUUACCAGUGAUAUCCUGAUAAUGUAGUGGCAGAAUAUAGUCUACUGUGUUGGGAAAGAAUUGGAUUUCAAGAAACAGUCAGCAGUGAUGAUUGGUUCUCAACAGCAGCUGAGUAAGAAACAUAUGUUUGCCAGCCACUUCAUCAGACGUUUUGUUUAGCUUUAAUGGGACUCUAUGACUGUGGUCUACCCAGCCACAGUAGCAACUGGAGUGUGUGUAUAUACGGGGUUGUGUAGUAAGCGGCAGGUGUUUGAGGAAAAAAAUGUUAAGAUAAAAUUUAAAAUUUUUGUUCGACAAGAACAACUUUUUUUGUAAACCUAAAGAAAAAUAAAAAUACUGAAUAUCUCAGUUCUAUAAUUUACAAUAACUGAUAAAAUAGGUUAUAGACGUCAUUAAAAUUUUGAUGGUUGACAUAUGAAUUGCACACGUUGUGCAUUUGUACGUGCGCUAUCUGGGUAUUGAUCUCUUUUUGUAAUAGAGAAUGAAACAUUUAUCAAAGCGUAUUAUCCUCUUGCAAAGAUAUGUGAAAAGCUUUGCAAAGAUUUUCUAUUGUAAAGGAAAUGAGACGCUUUGAUUUUGUUAUUUUGUCCACAGUAGUACAAGCUCAGGAAGGCUUUGCCUAAUUGUUGUCAAACAGAAGAGAUUUGUUCGGUGCGUCAUGUUGAAACAGUGGGACAAAGACAGAUGGAGAUAAAUCAAUAGUGUGGGCUGUAUAAUAGUAAAAGCAAAGGAUUCAGCAAAAAGUUCAUUCCUGGAGGUUAUUUUGAGAAAAGAGUGUAUAAUAUGACCACACGGUAUAAAUAUAUGAAUGGUUAUAAAUAUAUAAAAGGGGUUUUUUAUGCAUCAAGCUCUCAUAGGAAUCAGUAUUAUUCUCCACAGAUUUCUCCAGGUUUUAACCCUUUAUCAUUGUUUCUAUCUCUGUUUAUUUUAUUUAUUUAUUUGCAUAUGUAUUUAUUCAAUAUGAAAAUACAAAGGAGAUCUACAGUAUGUUAAAUGGACUUGCAGACAAACGCAUGGCUAAAAUAAGCCAUAAAAAAGGCCUUCCACACACACACACACACAAACAAACAAAUGCUUUUCGAUGAACCGACUCUGAUGGACGUUUAACUGUAUAUAGUGCAAUUUAAAUGAAGCCCAUGACAAAAAUGAUUAUGCAUGUCACACUGGUUCUUCACAACCUAAACCUAUUGUAUUUUAGCUAUACAAUACAAAAUUAUCUAAUCUUUGUAAAGUUUUAUCUGCUUUUUUUUCUCUCCUGUAUACAUCAAAAAGGUCUUGGAUAUUUGAAUAUAUGUGUAUUAUGUAGGAUAAUCCAUCAUGUGUCUGCUAAAACUCUCCAUGCUCAUGUGUGCAAUAUCUUUUUAUGAAGGUUUUAAAGACUGGCUGAGAAAGUACAAAGUACAAGGUUCAAAUGUUUCUAUCCACUAUGGAUGCAAAAUGUUGUGUGCAUUAUCAUGUUAUUAAAGCUACUGAAGGAUUCUUGCAGAAUCGCCACAUAAGUAGCUGAUUAUACUUACGUUUGUAGAGUUGUUUUGAGAUUUUGAAUUAAUUUUUUUGGUUGGACUUUUUCUGUGGUAUAAUUUCACACUUCACUCUUAUCUCUCAAAUAUCAUGAUAUUUGGGUUUACUAACAGGAGUGGCAGCAAAACAGAUAUUUUAAUGAGAGAUGCAAGCGUGCCUACAGUAGCCAUUUUAGAUUGAAUUAGCAUUAAACAACAUGUUUUUUUAAUUCCACACCUGCACCAUGUGUAAUGCUUGAUUUUUAUUUUAUUUUAUUUGCUAUGAUUAAUUUUGUUUGUUUUAUUUUUAUUAUAUUUAAUCUAUUUGUUUAUAUGUGGUAAUAAAAAGCUGACAUUAGAAAAAAAAUUAACAUGACUUAUUUAUUUGUUUACUUACUUAUUUACUUCUGUAAGUUUGCAUGAAAUUCUGUACAACAUAUUACCUGCUGUGUACCUAUUCACAAUGAUCCAUGUUUUGUUUAACAUUUUUUGACACAUUUUGCAAUAUGGUUUUUUUGUACUAUAAAUAGUAUUGUUAUAAAGGAAUGUAUAUGUAGAGGGAUAAAACAAAAAACGUACAGUUUUUUUUUAUCAUAAACAUAUGUGUGUAUAUAUAUGUAAAUCUGUUUUGUUAAUGUGGUCUUGUGUGUGUUGAUUAUUGUAUACACGUGAUAUGUGCAUUUUAAACUAUGUGUAUCCCAUGGCCAUGGACAUUUUGCAUUUCGAAGGGACCACUUUUGCAUUGUCAAUUUAAGUUUAUGGUAUGUGAUAUAUUUUAUAAUACUAAUGUAAAUGUUGGAUGAAUAAAAUACAUC